AUGACUGACGUGAUGAAUUGGAUUAAAGAAGGUAAGUAUGGUAGCUUCUUUGAUUUCCAUAGUAGUCUUGGUUUUGGAAAGCAAAGGUCUGAUUACGGGAAACUGAAACAGCAGCUUGAUCAGGUACCAGUAUUUGGUUUCAAUUCUGGCCGGUACGAUAUUAACUUGAUUAAGAAGGAUUUGUUUGCCGUUAUCGGUACCGACAACAUCAAAUCUGUCAUUAAGAACCCCAGCUACAUGUGCAUUGCUACAUCGAACAUGAAAAUGCUUGAUAUUAGCAACUAUGUACCUGCUGGUACCAGCUAUGAAAACUAUCUCACAACAUACCUCGGUGGCUGCAAAUGUGAUGACAAAAUUAGAUGUGUCUAUGGUCUUGGUAAAGGACUUUUCCCUUACGAGUACAUCACUUCCUUCAAUGUACUAAACCAGACCACAUUACCACCUAAGUCAGCUUUUGACAGCAAGCUUCGUGGAACUAGCAUCACCGAUGAUGACUACGAACGAGUGAAGUUCGUAUGGGAGUACUAUGAGAUGAAGUCCAUGAAGGAUCUACUGAUCUGGUACAACAAUCUCGAUGUAGUCCCAUUCAUCAAGGCUAUCAAUGCUCAACGAGAACUCUUUAAGAGCUUCAAUCUGGAUAUGUUUGCUGAUGGAGUGUCGCUACCUGCAGAUCGUAUCAACAAUAAGCUGGGACACAUCGAUGGCAACAUCUUGAUCAGCUGUGUGAAGUGCAACACAGCUCGUAAGGAUAUAUCGCUUGGUGGAUUUCGAUAUAUGAAGUUGCUUGAGUUCAACUCGAACAGACUGGUGUAUUCUAUUGAUCAAGAGGAGAAGGAUAUUUACGCUAAGAUCAAGGCCAACAUCGCUGGAGGUCCGUCUAUUAUCUUCAACCGCUAUGCUAAGCGCAACGAGACGAAGAUUCGCGGAGGUAAGGUCUGCAAGAAAAUUAUCGGAUAUGACGCGAACGCUCUAUAUCUGUGGGCACUUGGUAAUGAGAUGCCUUGCGGUCGAUUGACAACCAUUGAUGCAUAUCCGGGUAUCGUUGAUGACAUUAUCAACGACAAAAUCUUUGGUUUCCUCGAGUGUGAUAUUCGUACCCCGCCACACCUAAAAGACUACUUCAGUGAGAUGACCCCAAUUUUUAAGAAUAUUCUAAUCGAUUGUGCUGACGAGAGUGUGAUUGGCAAGCAUAUGUUUGAUUACAACGAGUCGCGCAAGCAAAGCCGAGCAAAGCCAGCUCGUAAGCUGAUCGGUAGCUACUUUGGCGAAAAAAUUCUUAUUUACACACCAUUGCUUAAGUGGUAUCUUUCUCACGGCAUGUAG